AUGAGUUUUGAUCCUGUUAUAACUUUUGAACUUGAAAAUAAACUUAACACUCAUCUCAAUACAAACAUGAAUAGCAACAAUAGCUUCGAUGAUAACCUUAAUGUUGACAAUAGCUUUGAUAAUAACCUUAAUAUUGACAAUAGCUUUGAUGAUAACCUUAAUAUUAACAAUAGCUUUAACGAUAAUGUUAAUAUUAACAAUAACUUUGACAAUGGUCUUAAUAUUGACAAUAAUAACUCAAUUCAGAUGUCUAAUAAUUAUUUAGCCAUGAUACCAUCAAUUAAUGUAGGACAAACUUUUACCAGUUGGUGUGAUGUUCAGCAGUGUAUUAAUGCCUAUACUAUGUCACAAGGUUUUGCAACAAGAUUGGAUCGUUCAGAAAAAAGUAUGGGUAUGGUUACUAGGGCAGAUAUUGUUUGUCGUUAUGCUGGUACUGCAAGUAAAAAAAGCACUGGACUACGAAAUACAAAGAGUGUUGCUACUGGUUGCCAAUUCAAAAUAACAGUUCAUUGGGCAAAAACAGAAUAUCAUGUGAAAUCUGUCAACCUUGAACACAAUCAUUUGUUAGAUACUACUGUAGUUUUGUUUGAUCCUGGUUAUUGCAAAUUAAGUCAUAAUGAAAAUGACCAAAUACAAAUACUUUAUAAUAGUGGAGUUCCAGUACCAACAAUUGUUAAAAUGUUAAGCGAAGAAUAUGACAGAUAUAUUCAUAACAAGGAUGUAUAUAAUUCAUUAAAUCGCCAUUCUCGUGACCAUGUUAAAGGCUUGUCACAAAUAGCAAAACUCUUAAAUAAUUUGCAUAACAAAAAAGAAUAUAUAGUUACCUAUUCUAUUAAUAAUAACAGGCUUUAUUGUCUAUUUUUCACUACUCAUUCUGCACUAUCAAUAUUUAAAUUUGAUGUAAUGGGUAUUACAUUUCUUAUUGCAAGUGUACUUCUUUCUAAUGAAACCAUUCUUACUUUUCGUUGGGCGCUUCAGCAACUAAAACAAGUAGCUAGUAAUGAUAUUACUAAUAAAAUUAGAACAAUCUUAACUGAUAAAGAUCCAGCUGUGCUUCCUGCGAUUAGUAUUGAAUUGCCUCAUGUUAAGUAUCAAUUUUGUACUUGGCACAUUGAACAAAACAUUGUUAAAAAUUUGACAAGCAAACUUAACAAUAAAUUCAUGGCAUUCAGUAAAGAUUUUAAGUUAUUAAUGAUGGAAAAUAAUGAUAAGCAAUUUGUUAUUCGCUGGAAUCGUUUAUUAGAAGAAUAUCCUGAAGCUAAAAAUUAUAUGGAGCAGUGGAAACCUAUUUCGCAUAUGUGGGCAUAUAGUUAUACUAAUAAAAAUAUUAACUAUGGUAUUAGGACUACACAACGUUCAGAAGCUAGUAAUACGCACUUAAAGCAUUUACUUGGUCAUACAGCACCUUUACCUGAACUAAUUAAUAUGUUAGAGAAAUUGUCUCGACAUCAGCUUGAACAAUCUCAAUAUCAGCAAUAUCGAUUAUGUGAAACUACUCGCCAACAAUGCCCGAAGUUAUUAAAAGAAGUUUCAACAUUUGUAGUAGAUUUUACAUUUGCAUUGUUGCUUGAUCAGUUUAAUAAGGCUGCAUCUUAUAAUGUUGAAAAACAAGAUAUGAACUUAUUUAAAGUUUUUAAUAAAUGUAAAACUAUAAGCAUUAAUUACAUUGGUUCCCGUUGGAUAGUUCCCAAAAUGAAUACAAAUAAUUCUAUACAGGCUGAAAAUCUUUAUAAUGAUGACAAUUCCUCAAUUAAUAUAGCAGUAUUAUCGUCAAAUUAUGAAAUUCAUAAAAUUCCAGUUAGUCAACAAUCAGUAUAUAAAAGUACUGCCGAUUUGCUUAAAGAAAUUGAAGUGAUUUCUAAUAGAGUUGGCUAUGUUGAAAUUAAUGAUACCCUGGCUCUUUUUGUAAAUAAACUGAAUGAACAAUAUCCUUUAAAAGAAGCUGAUAUUGAAAAUCCUAUAAAUAUCAAGACAAAUUCAUAUAUACAUAUUUUACAUAUCACUAUUCUGUCAUCACUAUAA